GAUCGGUCUCCACCGUGCGUCGUGUAUACAUGCUAGCUAGCUCCAAACACAGAACACUAGAAGAGAGAUAUAGACUGUAUGUUAACCAACGUACCUUCAUCUCCAUUUUGCAAGUGAAAUAGAAACACACACAUACGGAUCCACCAGCAGGGCAGCUCCGACCGGCAUUACUGCAAUACAUCGCCGUCCUCGGCCGGUGCCAUGGUAAUGGACGGGGGCAAGACGCCGUACGUGGUUGCCGUGGCAAUCCAGGUCAUCUACAUGGGCCUCUUCGUCGUCUCCAAGGCGGCAUUCGACAGCGGCAUCAACACAUACGUCUUCAUCUUCUACCGCCUUGCCGCUGCCUCCGCCCUCCUCCUCCCCAUCGCCCUCAUCUCCAACCACCGGAGCCGAUUAACCACGACCAAGGCGACACCAGAACAGACAAUGUCGUGCCGGCUCCUCUUCAAGCUCUUCCUCUACGCCUUACUUGGGAACACCUUCACCCUGAACGUGUACAACGCGAGCCUGAAGCAAACCUCGGCGACGGUGGGGUCGGCAGCCACCAACUCCAUGCCUGUGUUUACCUUCCUCAUCGCGUUGUUGCUAGGGCUGGAGAAGAUCAAGCUCCGGAGCCGCUCUGGGCUAGGCAAACUCGCCGGCGUUGCACUCUGCCUUGCCGGAGUGCUUGUAAUCGCCUUCUACGCCGGCCCGUCCAUACGCCCCCUCGCUCACCCCACCCUUCAAUGGAAGAAUUUCAGCUUUUUGUUGCAAAAUUUCGAAGACCCCUUCUUCGCUCACAAGCUGUGGCUGGUCAGCAAUGGUGCGUGGAUCAGAGGAACAUUUCUUCUUCUCCUUGCAUGCGCAGCAUGGUCUCUCUGGAUUGUUCUGCUGGUCCCUUUGCUUAAAGAAUACCCGAAUAAGCUGAUGGCCACGGCCAUGCAGUGUUUGUUUGGUGCACUUCAGUCGUUUUUUGUGGCUAUGAUGGCUGAGAGGGACUUCACCAAAUGGAAGCUUGGGUUGGAUAUUGGCAUUCUUGCCGUCCUCUACUCGGCUUUCUUUGGGACAGGUGCAUUGAUGUACCUACAAGCGUGGUGUGCUGAGAUGAAAGGACCUGUGUUUGUCGCGAUGUGGAGCCCGCUAGCUUUGGUUUUUACUACCUUUUGCUCUUCUUUCUUUCUUGGAAAAGUCAUCCACCUCGGAAGGUAA